AAAAUUCUCACACCAGAUGCCCACCCAUUGUAGAAGUCUAGACUCUCGUCAGUGAUAUCAAUAUAUUUUCAUCAAUCUCAACUUCCUUCGUCUGUAACCCAACAUCUCGGAGCAUUUUCGUUCCUGGCUUGUGAAAGCUUGUCUGUCCCCGCAAGAUAAAGCCAAACACUUUUUUGCAUCGUCACUGAGAGCCGCACUUGAAACAAACAUUCUCUUUAAAAAGCUAGUCAGACUUACAGCAGUGCCCUUGCCAAUCUGUCACUUCUCAAGCUAUUUUUCUACUGAUUUGCUGAUCCGAUGAUCCGAUGCGAACUGCCAUUCGUUGAUUCAAGUCGCGAAUAUUUCGUUUCAAACACCAGACGAAUGAAAAAUUUCAGAAGAUGUUUCACCACUUUCCCCAAAUCUCAGUUGAUGCGAUGCGAAGUCUUCUUCUCAAUAUCCGCAAGCCAAAAUGGUGUUUCCAUGAGGCUCAAGAAAACAUGUUCUAGAAGAUCGAAAAAGUUUGCUCAUCGCAGAUCGGAAACACAUGCGAGCGCUGUUUGUCUGAUCUUGUCGUCGGGACUGUUACGACGAAGACGCGCAUCGGUUGUUGAAAGAAACUUCGAUUCGUAUCCGAAUAGUAGUCGUAAGUUGCUGCCGUAUGAGUAUGGCUCUCGAAAACUGAAGAUAUUUGCACCCGCUAUUGGCUCGUCCCCAUUCUUUCCUCAAACACGAGGUCCGGCUGCGGCUGCACGACCACGAUAGAAUUGUCUAUUCCUUGUGGCCGAGAACACACAUAAGGUAUGGAUAUUGAGGCCCUUCAAACGCUCGCACCAGAUGUUCAGAUGUCCGCUCUUGAGUAUCUAUGCAAUCUGUAGAUUCG